AUGCCUGACCCUUCUCUGUGCAGCAUGGCUUCCGCCGAGGCAACACUGUCUGGGGCUUCGCCGUCUCGCACGAGGGCGGGUGCAUUUCCGUCCUUCUCUUGGGAGAACUACACAGACUCUGCCGGGUCCGGACAGUGCCGCGCUGAAAUCAGUCGUCCUCCGGACAGUUCCGGAACCGGCAUUGGCCACCUGGAAUAUACGGCUCAUAAGCCGCCGCCUCCCCUGACAGAGGCAGAGCUGCGCUACUACGCCGCUCUCCCUCCGGUGUAUCUACAGCCGCCCAUCUACUCGUGGACGUCGUCUGCUCGAGCUCGAACGAGUCCCCAGCCUUUCAUUCAGCAGCGGGUUCUCUUCGAUGAAGUUCACCGGAAAAUUAUCCACCAGCGAAUUGGUUGUCCCCCAUCUGCGUUGCCUGGGACGCUUGGGACUCAGCUCGGGAAACUGGAGCUGCAGGCGUCUCCGCUGUCGACGGGUUCAGACCCGGAUCUUCAGGCCCUCUCUGGCCAGACGUUAUCCUUUCAUCGCUCCACAGCGCAGUCUCCCGCCUCUGCUCUCGGGGGGGCUCACACACCACAGCUCCAUGGAAAUGGGUCGUGCUCUUUCCUUCUCUGUGUCGACACCCGAGAGAAACAGCGAAGCCGAGGACACAAACAAAGCGCCUCAGCUUCCGGCUCGUCGAAAGACGAAGAAGGCAAAGACGUUGUCAUUUCGUUCAACAAAGGGCUCGCGUCGAUUCUCCGUUUUUCACCUUGUGGUCGGUAUCUUCUCUACGUUGCUCCCCCGGCCCAGCCUUCUCUCCCCUCCUCUGGCUCAGGCUCUCCGCGUGUCCCGCCUUCGCCAAGAGGCGGAGGGGGGAGAGGCGAGGCCACUGGAGGCGCCGCGGCUUCGGCCUCGGAGGCAAUGCCCGAAGGCGGAACGGCGACACUCCAAGAGGAGGUGGAAAUUGGAAUUGUCGACACCGUCGCGCCGCAGGCGGGGCCCGUUGUGCUUCUCCCAGUAGAAGGCACUGUAGGAGGCGAGAGGGGGAAGGACGGCGCACAUGCAGGAGGCAUUCUUCAAGCGUUCUGGCUCCCCUCUCUGGUCCCUGCUGAAACGGAGGCAAACAUCUGUGUCAUCACACGGCAAGGCGUCGAGAUCUUCACGUUCGUUUUCGAGCCUCCUUCAGUCCGUCAAGUCCGGCGGCUUCCCCAGCCUUGCAAUCUUGCCUGGGCGGUUCUGUGUCCCUUCCCGAGCACUCCUUCAACCACCAUGUCCUCACGUGCGCCUUCUGUCUUCUCCCGGUCACCUUCGACCGCUAGUCGGGCGCGGGGUCCAACGCGGCCGUCCGUCCUCGCGGCCGGCGAACGCCGACCGGCCGUCGCCGGUGCAUUCGUCCUCGCGGUGGCCGCACGGGCGCUUCAGCCUUUCCUCCUCAAGUGGAAUGAAAAUGGAGUUCCAGGCGUGACCCUCGCCAAGCUUCCAAAGAUUGAACUGAAUCUACCUCAAUGGCAAACGCUUCAGCAACAAGAAGUUCACUUCCUUCUUGUCUACGGUGUUGUCUACUGUAUCCACGUCGACCAAGCAGCUGGGCGUAUUUCGAUGAGGACUCUGACGGGUCAUCUGCAGCCCGACAUCGUAUUGGAUUGCCUCCAGCCUGGUCCGAUGGAGGUUUCUGUAGUGGACGACUUGAUUCUCGUGCAUCACCAGCGCCUGCGGUCGACUCUGAUUUACGACAUUUACGACUACCCCGCUCUUCCGACAGCUCCGUUCUCGGUCUCUCUCUCUUCGUCUCUCUCGUCUGCCGCCGCCGCGAAGACAGUUCGCGCCGUGACGCCGCUGGUGCACCACAGCGUGGCCGGGACUCGGCCGUCUCCGUCCUUCGAGGAGUCGGCAGGGAGAGACGAAGACGAGGCAGGGCGAAGCGCCAGCCUGUCAAAGCGGAGCGUUUCUCAGCAACUCGACGAUGUCGAGUUGCAAACUGUCGACUUUGAUACCGCGCGUUUUGUCGGAGGCGAAUUCGUCAUGGACGAAGAGGGAGGACACAUGUACAUCUUGGCGCUUAACCAUGAUGUACUUAUGCAUCUGCUGCUGCUUGAGCGGCAGUCUCUGUCGUUCGCGCUCCAAGUGAUGCAGCAGCGCAGCGGGUGCCGGCGGCACGUCCUUCGCCUCCUCCAGCACGCUUUGCGGCUGCGCACGCCACUCUCGGAUUUGUCACCCGUCCUCAUGCUCGUCAAUCAGCGCUAUAGGUCUGCAGUGGAAUCCGUCCCUGACGAGUUUCUUCUCACCGGCAAAAGGCGAGACCCGAACGAGCCAGACGCGGAUGGGACGAGCAAGGAGAGGGGCUCAGGGUUGCGAGCCGGAGGGAAAGAAGAGGCGGGCAAAAGCCCGAAAGACGCCGGUCAUAGCGACCGCGCAAGACUCGUGGGGAGUGGCGAGGUCAAGGCGAAGGCCCAGGCGGCGGAGCAUGCAAAGACAGGGGCGACAGAGAACCGGGGAAGAAAACAGGAGGAAGAAGGGAGAACCCGAGUCGCCUUCGAGCGGCUGAUUGCCUGGGUCGGGGAUGCAACGAUUGUCACGGAGAGAGACGUCGUCCUGUCUGCUUUCUAUCCGUACGUUGUCGAGACCCUGGACCUACCCCCCGGCCAGCUUUUGCUGGAAGCUGCGUUCGACCUUCCCCCGGGAACCGCCUCGUCUCUGUCGUCUUCUCUCUGCCGCAAAAUCCCGUCGCAUUCUCUUCCCGCUUCUCCUCUCGCUGCGCCGUGCGGCUGCCCGGGCCAAUUCUGUGGGGCGAUCACUCGAAGCCCGGCGGGGAAGGACGGCGUGGGGUGGCGCAGAGGUGACCCCCGCAGCGGGUCGUGGGAGUCCGAAGGCCCUUCGGCGUCUCCGCCUCCGACCGCGGUCGGAGGCGAGGGAGGGACAGAAGUCUCAGGCGACGGGUCUGGCUUUUUCGGCGGCGGGCAGCUCUCCAGCUACUCGAGUGAAAUCCCGUAUGUCUUGAGCGCAGCUCUCGAGUACAUGCGCUUGCUCCUCGGUCAGCAGGUUCUUCCUCAUCGAGUGCUUCAAACCUUUAUUUUUGAUGCCUGCGUUUUCUACAAGAGAGGGGACAUUCUUCGGCAACUUCUGCAAUACCACGUUCUUUUGGACUCGCCAGGAAUGCUGAAACGCCUGUACAUCGUGUGGCAGCAGCUACGCAUGCGCCGCCGGUGUCUCGCGAGUGCGAUAGACGAACGAUGGACGAGGCAAACGUGCCUAGACAUGGCACUCCGUCAGCGAGACUGGGGAACGAUUGUCGAGAUUCUCAUUGAGCUCAAGCAGUACACGCGAGUUGUUCCUCUCCUGCAGCGCUACGCCGUCAGCUACUAUCCUCUCCGAGAUUUCCUUCGGGCGGUGGCAGCCGAUGUCGAGGCACAAGAAUCUCAGCCGGGAUUACUUCAGCAUAUCUUAGCUUGUGUUCGCGCGUGGGUGAAUGAGGCGACUGUCUCCGCGUCUGGCCUCGCUCUUCCUAACCUCACGGACUGCAGUCUGUGGCUGCCGCACGACCUGACAGCUGCGGCGGCGCCCAAGCAGUUGCCUGCGUUGCUUCACGAGUUCUCUGAAAAACAGUUGUCGAAUUCGUCCGUGGACACAGCUGAGCUUUCCAGAAGGGACAGUGCGGCCAGCAGGGGCGACGAGAGGGAUGACGAGCCGGGAGAGGCCGGAGCCCAGCGGCAGACGCUGGAGAGCGAGGGAGAGGCUGCGGCGGAGGAAGCGAAGAAGAGAGAGCCGGUGGAAGAAAGAAAGGCGAACGGAGGCGUAGAUAGAAGAGACGCUACGGGGAAGGACGAAAAGAGAAGCGGAGGCCAUAGAGUGAGGCUUGACGGCGAGGCAGGGAACGGAAACUCGGAAGCCGGAUCAGAGGAAGAAGAGAGAAGGCGACAAGAGUUAGAAGCACACGUUGUGGACUGGGAAGAAAUCGGAGAAAUCAGCGCCGCGUUAGUGGAAGAGAGUGAAAUCAGUGACUCAGAACAAAGUGCGGACACGAUGUUUAGCUUUGAGGCGCAUCAUCACCUCGUCGUUGCAUCUCUUGGAGAGUCCCACUUGGAUGAGGCGAGGACAACACACUUUUCUGCGUAA